AUGUCUUCGCACAUGCCCGGCGGUUCCAUUGCUCAGGGCUCUUCGGAGAAGUCUCAGCAGGCCAUACACUACGGCCAACAUCAUUUUGCUGAUGGCGAACCGGGACCUUCCGCCGGUCUUCAUGGUUCUGGUCUUGCAACUGGGCUAGUUGAAGGCAUAGCCGGCCUUCUAGGAGGUUGUUGCCAAACGUGCUUCUCUCCUUGUACAUUUACUGUUCCUGAGGGGUACCAGCUCGUUCCAGCACCAAGUGCCUUUGACUAUGGAGCUACCACCGGUUAUGAGGUCGAGAAACGGCCUUCAGUGAACGUCGCUCAACAGGAUGUCUAUGUACCGACAACCAUACCGCCCAACGAGUCCACCGCAUUUUCGAGCGCAGACUCUGGGCUGAUGGGCACCUACGUGACGAGCUAUCAGUCUGCACAAGAAAGCCCGAACCAGGCUCUGACUGCACCGCCUGCUGUAUCCGACAACAUGGUAUACACUGACAUACCGGUGCCUACCUACUACACCAAUGCUCCAAAUGCCUCCGCUCCCGACGCUUCUCAAAACUCGUCGGGCAUCACCAGCCAUCCUGCGCCCACGAAUGAUUUGCUCUCAACUCCAUACAAUGCUGCACUCGUAGGUCCAUCUCUACCUCCAACCAUGCAACAUCAACGGGAUCUGGCCGCAGUGGCCUCGGAAUAUCCGUAUGCCAUGCCGGAAAUGUGCGUCAAGGAUGAGGACAUCGGGCAAUCGGGCUCGGCUUCUCGGCUUGAUAUCGUCUACUCUCAUCAGCGAGCCCCGGCCUCGAAGCGUGGACCGUUCAAGGAUAUCAGGCAGCGCCAGGAGACGGCCAACACCAGGAAGAUUGGAUCGUGUGUGCGCUGCAAGAUGCAAAGAAUUCGCUGCGUACCGGAUCCCGACGAUGAAACCGCGUGCUGCCUUACGUGCAAGCCCAAAGCGAACAGUAUCCACCACAAGCACCUCUCUCGUCUCCCUUGUAUCCGUGCGAAGCUCACUGACGUCAAAUGCAUGAAGCCGGGCCAGGUGCAUGGGUUUGAAUGGACGCUGCGCUGGGGAGACAACGGCCCUGUAGACAAUAUCGCCAACUGGGCGUCUUCGGAUGUGAAGAUAAUCAGAGUGACGGAGGGCUACGCGCGGGGGAUGUCGGUGCAGCUUCACGUGCGUGAAUUCAUUCCUCAGCCAGGCGACAAGCUGGAGCGUUCUUGGGUGGGACCGGAUGGUUCGAAGAAGUCGGUCCCGAUCCCCCCCUACGCCAUAACCGACCUCGACGAAGCCCAGGCAGCGUACCAGGACUACAUCAAAAGGGGCGUCGUCGACUGCUUCUCGUCGUUAGUUGAGGGCGUAAUGGGCGCCCGGGAUCAUCUACUCUUCACAACUUAUAGCAAGGCUUGGCAGCUUUCUCAAGAUCCGAGAAUCUCCCCAGAAGAGCGGGAGCUUUUGACGCAAACUUUGGAGCUGUGGGUGGCGGUUCGCUUAACCACAAAGUCGGUGGAGAUUGUCGGAAACGAGACGCUCGGCAUGGACCGCAACAUCCUGGACAACAGCAGCCCACAGCAUGGAAAGAUCCCUCUUCCGCCAGUCAUGGGCGCCCAGCUGGACUUAGUCCUCAUCCAGCAUAUCCAGACGAGGCUCAGACGCGACAUGCUGGAGAAACUCCAGAAGAUGACCCAGCAAAACAAGCAGAAGACGUGGCUGACAACGUACCUGGUGACAUUCAUACUACUACACAACAUUGCGCUUCUGGCAAACCACGAUGCAUCUUACGCCAGAAAACACGGGAUGAAGACAAAGUUCGCUCGAGAGGCGGAUGUCCAAGAGUAUCACUGGGGAGGCACGAUUCUUCUGGCAUACUUCCACUACUGCAACAAGAACGUGGCCCCGUUUAGCGAAGACUGCAGAGAUCAGGAUUUGCGACAGCUGGCUCAAUUGGACGAACAAGCGAUCCAAUUUGUUCACUGGACUCGAUCACAGGUCAUGGCACACAGAAACGAGUGGGACGAGCUUUACGAGGACAACGCAUACGAGAAGCCAUACUUUUUCGUCAGUCAACUCUUCCAGCGAGACUGGCGACCCCAAGACUGGUCAGCCCAUGACCUGGAACCCCGAAACUUGGAAAACUGCGCAUGUUAG